AGAUUCACUGUUGAAAAGCUCGAGAAUUGGAAAAUUAAGAUAUGGGUUUUAUUAGGAGAAGUUUUACCUUCAUGUUGGGUACUAUUGCUGGGAUCUACAUCGCUCAGAAUUACAGUGUUCCCGACAUCCGGAAACUCGCCACGAUGGGGAUCUUCAUGGUCAAGAAAGUUGAACAAACUUACCGUAAACCCACCACGGAUGACGGCGAAGCAUCUAAAUAAUUUUACCAAGAUCGUCUCUUUUUAAAGCCUGAGAUCAAGCAUCAUAUUGUUUUUUUUUUUUUUUGGCUUCUUUCGAUCUGUCUGAUUUAGGGUUUAUGGGCUUUAAUUAUGAUUUGCUUUUCAUUGUAAUAUCAGUGCUUUCAAAGUUUCUGAUGUAAUUAAGGCCAGAGAAAAAAAAUAAAAGUUUCUAAUGUAA